AUGAGCGAAUGCGCCGAUGCUUUGCAGAAAAGCAACAAAAAGUCCGUAUCCAUAUCCGGGUGGCACGUGCAUUCGACGAAAAGCAACUCCAUAAUGGGCCAAAGGGAAAUCACAUCGGUCGAGGAAACCGUCCGCACGAAACACGUUCCGGAGAUGAUGUUCAACUCAGAGUUGCGUUUAAAACACGCGCAAAGCGAGGUCGAGUUCACGUUCAACGCGACCGAGGCUUUAAAAGAGUGGAUGUUAGCGAAGAACGAAGUCAUCAAGGUGAAGAAUAGCGAACGGUGGAUGCAGUUGCACUUGGAGAGAUACGGAGGAAAGAAGACGGAGGAGGAGGAGAACAAAAGGGAGGAAGGGAAGGAAAAGAACGAAGAGACGCAAAGCGAGAGGACGACGACGGUGUUAGAUAUAGACGAGUUAGCGAAAGAGGGAAGCAGUUACGAUUGGACGUUCACGACGCCGUAUCGAGGGACGACGACGGUGCGCGGCGAGGACAUUGGAGGAGGAGAAGGAGGAGGAGAAGGAGUGAACAGUAGCGAAUUAAAUUCCAAUACCAACAUUCGGUGGAAACCAACCGAGGAACAUUUAGAUAUGGCGUUGCUCACUCGAAGAGACCCGAUUGAACUGUUCGACGAGAUUUCGCUGUACGAGUCCGAGUUGGACGACCACGGCGUGUCUUCGCUCUCGGUGAAAAUCAGAGUCACCGAAAGCUGCUGGUUCUUGCUGCUCCGUUUUUGGUUGUGCGUGGACGGCGUUCUCAUUCGUUCUCGAGAAACGCGUUUAUGUUGCGACUUGAGACGGCGUCGCGAUGCAACCACCGCAAAAGCCGGUGCCGUCGUCCUCCGAGAAACGCGCCUGCGCGAGGAAACCUGGUCGCAGCUGAAAGACCGAGGCGCCUCGACCGACGCGAAGCAGUACAAGGACGCCGAAGCGGCGGCGUCGGUGUUGCUCGCCGGCGGAGGACCCGUCCGCGUCGUCAACGAAAAGCUGGAAAUAUAUUAG